GCUAGUUCUUCUUCUGUUGCUGAAAAUCUUCCACUGGAUGGAGGAAAAAGAGGAGUUGGCAGGAAGGAGACUUUGUGGCUGGAGCUGUGCCUGUCUUUGCAUCUCAUCAUGGGCUCUACCGAGGGAACCAUGUUUGGGUCUGACCCAGUGGCCCUCUAAUAUGGGGAAAGGGUUGAGUUCCUUCCGUGAUUCCUUCCUUCUCUUAUCCUGUCCUUCUGUGUUUCUUCCCUUCCAUCUUUCCUUUCUUCUUUCCUUUUUGCUUUGUUUUCCUUGAGCCAGAGGUAUGCGGCUUCAUGUCUAACCUUUUGCUUCUUCUUUCUUGACCAGGACGUGAGAGUUCUCUGGAGCCACCCCUGCCGUGAUGGGAAACGAACCAGCUUCUAGUCGAUAUUAAGGCAUUUGGAAACCAAAGUGCAGGAAGGAAACCAGUCCUCUAGGAAAAAGGAUUCCUCUCAAGGGGCUGAUCUUGCUGAAUUCCUACAUUCACUUUGGAUUAUACAGUAGAACCAUAGAGUCGGAAGAGACUGCAUGAGGCACCCAGUCCAGGCCUCUGCCGUGCAGGAAAAGCGCAAAGUACCCCUGACAGAUGAGCAUCUAGCCUCUGUUUAAAAGAUUCCAAAGGAGCUUUCACUACAUUUUGAGGCAGAGAGUUCCACCGCUGAACAACUCUUACAGUCAGGAAGUUCUUCUUAAUGUUCAGAUGGAAUCUACUUUCCUGUAAUUUGAACCCACUGCUGUGAGUGAUCAGAAAGGGAAAAACAAGAAUCAAGUGUCCAUUUUGGAAUUAAAUGUACGUAGCACUAUUGACAUGGAGGAGAAAGCAUAUAAAUGUAUCGAAUGUGGGAAGAGCUUUAGUCAGCAUGGAAAGCUGAAGAGACAUCAAAGGACUCACACUGGGGAGAAACCCUAUAACUGCCUGGAGUGUGGACAGAACUUUGCUCAUAGUUCAGGCCUACGUUCACAUCAAAGGACUCACACUGGGGAGAAACCCUAUAAAUGCCUCGAAUGUGGACAGAGCUUCUCUCAUAAUUCACAUUUAUAUAGACAUCAAAGGACUCACACUGGGGAGAAACCCUAUAACUGCCUGGAGUGUGGACAGAGCUUUGCUCGUAGUUCAGGACUACGUUCACAUCAAAGGACUCACACUGGGGAGAAACCCUAUAAAUGCCUCGAGUGUGGACAGAGCUUUGCUCGUAGUUCAGGACUACGUUCACAUCAAAGGACUCACACUGGGGAGAAACCCUAUAAAUGCCUGGAGUGUGGACAGAGCUUUGCUCGUAGUUCAGGACUAUGUUCACAUCAAAGGACUCACACUGGGGAGAAACCUUAUAAAUGCCUCGAGUGUGGACAGAGCUUCUCUUAUAAUUCACAUUUACAUAGACAUCAAAGGACUCACACUGGGGAGAAACCCUAUAACUGCCUGGAGUGUGGACAGAGCUUUGCUCAUAGUUCAGGACUACGUUCACAUCAAAGGACUCACACUGGGGUGAAACCCUAUAAAUGCCUCGAGUGUGGACAGAGCUUCUCUCAUAAUUCACAUUUAUAUAGACAUCAAAGGACUCACACUGGGGAGAAACCCUAUAACUGCCUGGAGUGUGGGCAGAGCUUUGCUGUUAGUUCAGGUCUGCGUUCACAUCAAAGGACCCACACUGGGGAGAAACCUUACAAAUGCCUGGAGUGUGGGCAGAGCUUUACUCUGAAGGGAAACUUACAAACACAUCAAAGGACUCACACUGGGGAGAAACCCUAUAACUGCCUGGAGUGUGGACAGAACUUUGCUCAUAGUUCAGGCCUACGUUCACAUCAAAGGACUCACACUGGGGAGAAACCCUAUAAAUGCCUCGAAUGUGGACAGAGCUUCUCUCAUAAUUCACAUUUAUAUAGACAUCAAAGGACUCACACUGGGGAGAAACCCUAUAACUGCCUGGAGUGUGGACAGAGCUUUGCUCGUAGUUCAGGACUACGUUCACAUCAAAGGACUCACACUGGGGAGAAACCCUAUAAAUGCCUCGAGUGUGGACAGAGCUUUGCUCGUAGUUCAGGACUACGUUCACAUCAAAGGACUCACACUGGGGUGAAACCCUAUAAAUGCCUCGAGUGUGGACAGAGCUUCUCUCAUAAUUCACAUUUAUAUAGACAUCAAAGGACUCACACUGGGGAGAAACCCUAUAACUGCCUGGAGUGUGGGCAGAGCUUUGCUGUUAGUUCAGGUCUGCGUUCACAUCAAAGGACCCACACUGGGGAGAAACCUUACAAAUGCCUGGAGUGUGGGCAGAGCUUUACUCUGAAGGGAAACUUACAAACACAUCAAAGGACUCACACUGGGGAGAAACCCUAUAAAUGCCUGGAGUGUGGACAGAGCUUCGCUCGUAGUUCAGCACUACGUAGACAUCAAAGGACUCACACUGGGGAGAAACCCUAUAACUGCCUGGAGUGUGGCCAGAGCUUUGCUCGUAGUUCAGGACUACGUUCACAUCAAAAGACUCACACUGGGGAAAAACCAUAUAAAUGCCUGGAGUGUGGACAGAGCUUUACUCAGGGGGGACAUUUACGUUCACAUGAAAGGACUCACACUGGGGAGAAACCCUAAAAAUGCCUGGAGUGUGGACAGAGCUUUGCUUGUAGUUCAGGACUAUGUUCACAUCAAAGGACCCACACUGGGGAAAAACCAUAUAACUGCCUGGAGUGUGGCCAGAGCUUUGCUUGUAGUUCAGGACUACGUUCACAUCAAAAGACUCACACUGGGGAAAAACCAUAUAAAUGCCUGGAGUGUGGACAGAGCUUUACUCAGGGGGGACAUUUACGUUCACAUGAAAGGACUCACACUGGGGAGAAACCCUUGAAAUGCCUGGAGUGUGGACAGAGCUUUGCUCGUAGUUCAGGACUAUGUUCCCAUCAAAGGACCCACACUGGGGAGAAACCCUAUAACUGCUUGGAGUGUGGACAGAGCUUCAUUGAUUGUUCAACUCUACGUUCACAUCAAAGGACCCACACUGGGGAGAAACCCUAUAAAUGCUUGGAGUGUGGACAGAGCUUUGCUCGUAGUUCAGGACUACGUUCACAUCAAAGGACCCACACUGGGGAGAAACCCUAUAACUGCCUGGAGUGUGGACAGAGCUUUGCUCGUAGUUCAGGACUACGUUCACAUCAAAAGACUCACACUGGGGAAAAACCAUAUAAAUGCCUGGAGUGUGGACAGAGCUUUACUCAGGGGGGACAUUUACGUUCACAUGAAAGGACUCACACUGGGGAGAAACCCUAAAAAUGCCUGGAGUGUGGACAGAGCUUUGCUUGUAGUUCAGGACUAUGUUCACAUCAAAGGACCCAC